UUGACACUGUGUACCAAAGAAAUGGUGAUGGAGAAGCCAAGUCCCCUGCUUGUAGGGCGGGAGUUUGUGAGACAGUACUACACGCUGCUAAAUAAAGCUCCUGACUUCUUGCACAGGUUUUAUGGCAGGAACUCUUCCUAUGUCCAUGGAGGACUGGAUGCCAGUGGGAAACCACAGGAAGCAGUGUAUGGUCAAGCUGAGAUCCACAAAAAAGUGAUGUCCCUACAGUUCAGUGAAUGUCAUACCAAGAUUCGCCAUGUGGAUGCGCACGCCACUUUGAGCGAUGGGGUGGUUGUGCAGGUGAUGGGAGAGCUGUCCAACAACGGGCAGCCCAUGAGGAAGUUCAUGCAGACUUUCGUCCUUGCUCCUGAAGGAUCUGUUCCAAACAAGUUCUAUGUCCAUAAUGAUAUCUUCAGAUAUGAAGAUGAAGUAUUUGGAGAUUCAGAAGGAGAACUUGAUGAAGAAUCUGAAGAAGAGGUGGAAGAGGAGCAGGAGGAAAGGCAGCCCUCCCCUGAACCUGUGCAAGAAAACCCGAGCGGUGCUUACUAUGAAAACCACCCUGUAACUAAUGGGAUAGAGGAGCCACUAGAAGAACCAUCUCAUGAACCUGAGCCGGAACUGGAAUCGGAAACAAAAACCGAGGAGCUGAAAGCAGAAGUAGAAGAAAAGACCCUUGAAGAGCUAGAAGAGAAGUCUCCAUCUCCACCUCCCGUAGAACCUGUUUCGCUACCACAAGAACCACCAAAGGCUUUCUCUUGGGCUUCAGUGACCAGUAAAAACCUGCCUCCUAGUGGUACUGUUUCCUCCUCUGGAAUUCCACCCCAUGUUAAAGCACCCGUCUCACAGCCAAGAGUUGAAACGAAACCGGAAGCUCAGUCUCAACCUCCUCGUGUACGUGAGCAGCGUCCAAGGGAAAGACCAGGUUUUCCACCCCGAGGACCUAGGCCAGGGAGAGGGGAUAUGGAGCAGAACGAGUCAGAUAACCGCCGAAUAAUCCGCUACCCCGACAGCCACCAGCUCUUCGUUGGCAACUUGCCGCACGACAUCGACGAGAGUGAGCUGAAAGAGUUCUUCAUGAGCUUUGGCAACGUGGUGGAACUUCGCAUAAAUACCAAAGGAGUGGGAGGCAAGCUGCCCAACUUCGGUUUUGUGGUGUUUGAUGACUCCGAGCCAGUCCAGAGGAUUCUAGUUGCAAAACCCAUUAUGUUCCGUGGCGAGGUGCGCUUGAACGUGGAGGAGAAGAAGACAAGAGCUGCCCGCGAGCGCGAGACCCGCGGCGGAGGCGACGACCGCAGGGACAUCCGGCGCAAYGAGAGAGGCCCCGGGGGGCCCCGCGGAAUAGUGGGAGGCGGAAUGCUGCGGGAGCGGGACGGCAGGGGCCCCCCGCCCCGCGGCGCCAUGGCACAGAAACUGGGCUCCGGCCGAGGAGCGGGGCAGAUGGAAGGCCGCUUCACGGGACAGCGCCGCUGACGUCCCCGCUGCGCGCACGCCGGCUCCGCAGUGGUACAUUUAUCCAUCGUGUUUGCGUUCUCUUGUUAAUUUUUUUUUUCUUUUUUUUUUUUUUUUUCCUUGGCUUUGGAAUGUGACACAGCCCUUCUGAUCGUUUCUUUGAUGUGAAAGCAUCCUUUGGUUUCCGGUUUAAAUUGAGGUGGACGUUCUUUCCCCAGUUUCACGACAGGAGUCACGCUGUUAAUUUAUAAAUGUAGACUUGGAGAAUUGAGGACUGAAACAAGAGAAAAAAAAAAAAAAAGAAAUGACCAUUCAAACUUAUCUGCAACAGAAGUGAACUAAAGGACAUGCCCAAUAGAAUUGAGGUCCUUCCAGUCAAAAACCCUCUGCUGCACAUUUUGUGUGAGUGUUACGGUUCCUGCCUGUUACUGUUGGAAACACAAAUAGUGCAAUUUGUGCAAUUGGAGAAGCUGGCCUUGGUUUUCCUUCUUAGAACACGCGGCUCCAAACAAACUUUGUGUUUACGCACUCAUCCAAAUGCACUAAAGGGUACUCUGAACUCAUUUGUACUGACAUCUGCAGGAGGCAUCGGAGGAAAACAACCCUUCAUCCUCUUAACUCUGACAGAAUAGCUUGGGAAAUGAUGCGGGCAUCUGAUCUGCUUGCUGUGACCAACAUACGUGCACACGCAAACCUUAAUAGGACUACGAGUAUUUUCCACACGGAAUCCAUUUAGUGGCAAAGGAAACAAMCCAGGGUUUCCAAGUCGUACUCCUGAAUACUAAACCAAGUUUGAUAGCUCACGUCAGGUUUUUCUAUCUGCCCCUCUUGAGUACAGGGAUGGCUGCUCCACACACUCCUCCUUCCCCUUUCCCCUUCCCAAGUAAGCAUUGUACAGUGAAAAUUGUCUUGACUGUAUUUUGAGUUCUCUGGUAAUGUAAUAAGCAUGAUGGUGCCUUCUAUGAAUACAUCAUUCCAGUCUUGCUGGUGAUUUUGUACAGUAUAGUGUAUGAAUUACUGUGCUGCAAAGCCAAUCUGCUGCAAAGCGUUUAAAAGAAAUCAUUGAAAACAAAAAAAAAUGUAUUAAAAAUUGCAGUAUCUUUGAAUCAGUAAACAUGGCUAAAAUUAUCAUUCACCUUGCUCUUCAAUUAACAAGUUCGUCUGUUUUUUUGCAGAGGGGGGAAGGGAGGARGAAGGCAUCCAAGUAGUCUCCGGGUUGUCUCUUUGCUUUAAUCUGUGUCAAAGUUAAAGACAACGGAGUCAAAAUCUCUCUUGGGCGUUUCAGAAGUCAGUCCAGAACUGUGACCGAUUUUUGCCGGCUUGCAAUCAGUAGGACUGAGCAUCCUUUGGGAGGGUGAGCUUAUCGAAAGAGAGGAUACUGCAAUUUUCAGAGAACAAAACAGCAGCUCUAAGURUUUGCUUUUUCCAGUUGGCGCCUUUUGGGGUUUUUUUUUGUUGUUUUUUUUCCAAUCCUUACUCAUUUUGCACAUAACUCUCAGCUGCAGUUGACACUCGUGCGGCUCUGAGCUCGCGGGCAGAGAGGAGACGUCCCCUCCUUGGCUUCUGCGGGCGCCUCGGGCAGGUCGGGGGCUCCAGGUCCCCGUUCCUGCGGCAGGAUCAGAGGGCAGGGGUGAGAGUGGGACCACCUAAAGCUGCUCCUAAGCAGGGAAGACCUCGCCCCAAACAGCAGCUUCAAGCGAGAGCAGAUAGGGCGUAAAGGCAGCCUGCCUCUCGAUGGUGCAAUCACCCGCUCUGCUCUCCUAAGCUGGAAGAUUUUGCACACUGCUUGUGUCUGAUGUGUUAGGCGAAGUGAAAUAGCAGCCCUUUCUCCCAAACUCGAGGUCUUCUGUGUUGGAUGGUAAGUCUUGCACUAUUUUCAUACAUUUUUUUUUUUCCAGGACACAUUUCUUGUAGUUUCCAUUUUCACAUUACAGCCUUUUUCUUUCUUUCUUUCUUUCUUUCCUUCUGUUUUGGCUCGGCUCUUGCGUUGUCCGCGGUUACUUGCAAAUCUCAAUGACUUGAACUGCUCGGCACACGACCGAAGCGGGGCUGAAGCGCUCGGCCGCCUCGCUGCCUUCAGUUCAGUUUGCCCCCCGCGUGUUUUGGGGGGCUCGUUGGCCGUGUCCGGUGCUGYGGUGCUUUGCUGCCACCCAUCCUGUGGUUUGGCAAAGGGCACCGGGAAGAAUCCCGACAGGAAAAAGUGGAGUAUUUCACAGAGCCAUUCCGCUUUCUGGCUUGCUUCUCGUUCAAGUGACAUCAAAUAAAGACACAGAAACAUCGGGACGUCAUCGAGAGAAGUUUACACGGUGAUAGUUCACCUACUGUACUGUGGACUCUUACAUGUUCUUGACCCUCUUAUCGUAAAUGUACCUCUUAGAGCAACGGAAGGGAUUCACUGACCAUUACUGUUAGU